AUGGCAAUAUCAACAUUAAUUCCCGCUAGUUCAAUGAAGUUUACGGAAAACCAGCAGGCAUGUAUUGUACUUCAAAAAUUAUGGAGCCAACGUGAAGCAGGCCGCUUUUGCGACGUUGUGCUCCAUGUUCAGGGGCAAAAAUUUCAAGCCCAUCGAAAUGUUUUAGCAGCAUACAGUCCCUAUUUUGAUUCUGUUCUGAAAACUCACAAAGUAAUAAAAGAACAAAUCACAGUUACGUGUCAAAAUUUAGAUGCAUUCGAAUUGCUGUUGAACUACAUGUAUACUGGUGCUGUUGUGAUUGAUAAAAAUAAUGUUUCUGAAUUAUUGCGAUUAUCAAAUCAUUUCCUUGUUAUCAAAUUGAAAAAUUACUGUGCAGAAUAUUUAGAUAGGUAUCUAGAUCCAUCAAAUUGCUUGACUGUUAAAGAUAUGGCCGAGAAGUAUAAUUUACCUAUUUUACAAAAAAAUGCAUCUGCAUUCAUUCAUAAUCACAUCCUUGAGGUUUUUGAGCAAAGUGAAAUUUUGGAUUUCAACUUCACAAAAUUGGAAGCAUUUCUCAAAGAAAAACAGGCUGUUAUCCCUCCGCACAUUUUGUUCAGUUUCAUAUGUAAAUGGAUCGAACACGAUAUUACUGACAGGGAAAAUGACCUGCAAACUUUAUUAACAUUCAUGAGUUGGGAUUCCAUUGACCGUCAUUAUUUAGAAGACCAUAUAAAAUCAAGAGUGUUACUGCAGAGUAGUUCAAAAUGCAUGUAUCUGGUUUUAGUCUGUUUAGAGGAAAACAAAGUAGAACUUCCUGAAUUCCAAAAUCUAUAUUCUUCUUUGAAAACCCAGUUUGGUCCAAAUGGUACCAAAAUUGACAGUAAUAAUUUUGCAAACAUUGCUAUUUCUGAUGGCUUGCAAAAUCAUUCUAAAGAUUCUGGAGGAGAUGAAAAUACUCCUAUUACAGUUGCUCCUUUAGAAAGAGACCAAGUUAAGGAAAAAAAUACCAUAGUGCCUCCAUCUGAGGUGCCUGCUAGUAAAGAAUCUUUUGAUAAUGAAACCAGCAACAGUAGUUUUGAUGAUAUUGCUGGUGACUGUGGUGGUGCUUUAGAUUUUGAUGAUGAUAGUGAUAGUUCUGGUACAGAAGUUCAACAAGAAGAGGAACCUCCAGCCCCUGUGACCAAUCAAAAGUCUACACCCAAGAAAUCAAAGCAGAAAACUCAGCCCUUAAAGGCUACUAUGACUACUAGGAAAUCUACUCAGCGACGAAAAGUGCCACCUAUCAAAAUAACUCGUAAAGCUGGCACUAUUUCUGCAAAGCAAGCUACCAAGAAUGUUAAAAAUUCAAAAGAAUCAAAUGAAACUGCACUAGUUCCUGCUCUUGAUAAAACAAAUAGCCAACUAGCUAAGAAGCAUUAUAUAUCGGAAACUGAUACUGAUGAUGAUGAGGAAGAUGACAUAGAUGAUGGGAGCUCAAGUGCUACUGAUUCUAGUGUUGAGGAAUCUGUAAAUGGCCACAGUAACAAGAACAAGUGGAAAGAUGGAGUGAAGUGCCCUAGCUGUUCAUAUAUUGCCCAUAGCUCUGUGAGGUUAGAGCAACAUGUAUCACGCAUUCAUGCAAAAGAUGUCACCUACAAGUGCAAAGUGUGCGAUUUUACCUGCAAAUGGAAUAGGGAAUAUUAUUCUCACAUGAAAAGCCACUUUACGGGUCCACCAUUUCGUUGCGAAACGUGUGAAUACACGUGCGACAGAAUCCAGUUUUUGCUGUCGCAUCGAAUGAGACAUACUGAUGAAAGACCAUUCAAAUGUGAUGAAUGUGAUCACAGAUGCAGAACAAAAGCCAAUUUGGACUGUCAUAUGAGAUGCCAUACGGGAGAAAAACCUUAUCAGUGUGAACAUUGUGAACGACGCUUUGCUAUUAAAGCUAGUUUAGAUCAACAUCUUGCUUCUCAUCGUGAAGAUAGGCCAUUUUUAUGCGACACAUGCGGCUUCAGUACAAAGUAUCAAUCUCACUUAUUUUCGCACAAGAGAAUUCACACUGGUGAUGUGUUUCGUUGUCAUUUUCCUAACUGCAAGUACAGCACACCGAAAAAGAGCCAGUUAGGAUCUCAUCAUAGAACUCAUACUGCCGUUCGGUCUCACAUUUGCUCGAUAUGUGGCCGUGCUUUUAUCGAAAAAAGUCAUCUGGUGAGGCAUGAAAGAAUUCAUUUAAAUGAAAAACCUUUUAAAUGUGAGCAUUGCGAUUAUUGUAGUUCCCGUCGAGAUAAAUUGAAGGAGCAUUUUAGAAAACAUCAUGGUGAGAACGCCACUGCUAAAGGUCCAUAUCGUCCUCGAAAGCAAAGGAGGCAAGGAUAUGAUCCUAAUGCCUAUUCACCAUCGCACAAAAAUGUCGAGUCUGAAAAUAACCAGUUUCAGCCUCAACCGCACAUUGAAUUGCAUACGACUAUUUCUGCAAUUAAUAACAACCCACCUCCUGCACCCGUUGUGUAUAGUUAUGAAUCAUCUCAUCCAGAAUCACUUCAUAACCAUGCUGCUCUAACUCUGCAGCAACUAGGAGCUGCAGCACAUAAUUAUCAAGUAGCAUUUAUGGAACAAAGACAUCAUCAGCCACAUCAUCAUCAUCAGCAUGUUGCUCAUCAACAUCCUCAUGCUGGUCAUCCACAUGUCGGACCAGCUCCUCCAUCUGCAGUUCCCGCCAUGAUGCCUGAUCAAAGUAGAGUUAACGUUGUGGCUGUCAGUUCACAUGAUGGGACAAACGUAGUUCAGCCACCCGAGUUCAGUCCUUUUAUGUCGUUUAUGUGA